UGGGCAAGCCAAAUGGCUCGGGAUCAUUCAUCUCAAGGAGUGUUCGAUUUAGAGUGACCUAGCUAUUGUCCAAUCGGAGGCGUGGUGGGCGGAUCCACAAUCACCAGCAGCAUUCACUUUACGCGACGCGUCCUGUCGCGUCACCCCGUGCACGAACCACCAAGCCCCCAAGUUCCUUUCUCUGCGCCAAUCGCCAGCUCAACGUGAACCUAGGCUACAGACGCACAAACAGCUCGGAUCGGGACAGACCCCUUUUUCAACCAAGGCCAUGACUACCGAUACCACCAGCACCCCGAACCAGCCCAUUGUCCCAACCUCGCCCCCAGCAAAGCGCAUCAAGACGGACAUCGGCGACAGAGCCAACGAGAGUGAAACCAUGAAUUCGUCGGACGGCGCGGCCAAACAACAGCAGGAGCCGCAGUCUCCUCCGUUGCUCAUCAAGAAGCUUUCAGACAAGGCUCGUCUGCCCACCCGCGGCAGCGCGUUUGCAGCAGGGUAUGACCUGUACGCCUCGCAAGACGCGACCAUCCCUGCGCGGGGCAAGGCUAUGGUUGAGACGGAUAUUAGCAUCGCUGUCCCUGCGGGAACUUACGGGCGCGUCGCCCCUCGUUCCGGCCUCGCAGCCAAGCACUUCAUCGACACAGGCGCGGGCGUCAUUGACGCCGACUACAGGGGGCCGGUCAAGAUACUGCUGUUCAACCACGGCGAGACAGACUUUGAAGUGAAGGAGGGGGAUCGGAUCGCACAGCUUGUUAUUGAGAGGAUCUACACGCCCGAGGUAGUCGAGGUGGAGGAGUUGGAGGCAAGCGUGAGAGGGGCUGGGGGGUUUGGGAGCACGGGCGGCUUUGGGAGCGCUGGCACCAACUGAACCUGAUUAGCAUUUCUUCCGGGUGGUUUGGACUCGGACAGGACGUUGGGAUAAGAGAAAAUCCAGUUGACAAAUGGAACAUCAAGAGCG